UGUUUCGUUGCUUGUGACGUCACAAUAUGGCGUCUAAAUCAGCUGGGUGUUGUGUGUUGAGUAUGCAAUGCUCAUCUCCGUACUUCGUAGUGAAUUAUAAAAAUCAGUAAGGACACCAAGUCUUCAACGUAAAACAAUACCACAAAUAGUGGAGAGAGACGAAAUAAAAAAAAAAAAGAAAAAUAAAAUAGAAAAAUCUAAAAACAAUGGCACCAGACAGACCUGAUGGCUCAGCCAUUGAGACUGUUUCUAGUCCAUCAACAGUCACUCGUUUAUUAAAUAAUAACAACAACAACAACAAUGUUGACAGAGUGAUGACAAUCAAUGAAGACGAUAUUAAAAAUUGUCAAAAUGAUAAUGAAAAUAAUCAAAAUAUAUCAAUUGACAAAGACAUAUUGGAUAAUAAUACACAAUUAAUUGAUCAAAAUAUAAUUAAAAAUGAUAAUCAUGACACUAUUAUAACAACAAAACAAAAUCAAACUGAUGAUGAUUUAACAUCACUUACCUGGUUACAUCAGCAAAAUUUGCUCAAAGGUCUUGAACUUCCAGCCAAGGUCAAUACUGAUGAUACAAUUAUUAAUAAUAAUAACAACAUCAACAACAAUAAUAAUAUCAAUAAUAAUAACAAUAAUAAUAGUAAUAAUAAUAUUAAUAAUAAUAUUUGUGAAGAUAGUGGUGAUUAUUCAGAAAAUACAAAUUCAAUUUCCAGUCAUGAAGAAACUUAUUAUCCAGAAAAUAAUAAUAGAAAAGCUGGUGGUAUUUUAAUAUCAAAAAAUUGUCAAAUAAAUAAUACAAAAAUUUAUGAUAAACAAAUUAAUAUUUAUCAAGAUACAAGUAAAAAUAUUAUACAAAAUAAUGGCACACAUCAAAUAAAAAUAUCAUUGAAUAAUAAUAAUAUAAAUAAUAAUAAUAAUAUACCAGUUGCAAAUCGUAAUAAACAUCCAACUCAUUUGCCAUAUGAUCCAUAUUUGCAUAGAAAUAGUAAACCACCAUAUUCAUUUUCUUGUUUGAUAUUUAUGGCUAUUGAAGAUAGUCCAAUAAAAGCAUUACCAGUUAAAGAAGUUUAUGCUUGGAUACUUGAUCAUUUUCCAUAUUUUCGUACAGCCCAAGCUGGAUGGAAAAAUUCAGUGAGACAUAAUUUAAGUCUUAAUAAAUGUUUUAGAAAAGUUGAUAAAGCACCGAAUUUAGGAAAAGGAUCAUUAUGGAAAGUUGAUAAUCAACAUCGUCCAAAUUUAUUACAAGCAUUAUCAAGAGCACCAUUUCCACGUCCAACAACUCAAAAUAUAACAAUGAUUGAUAAUAAACAAGUUAAAAAAACAAGUAAUACAAGAUUACCAGAUCCAGUGUUAUUUCCAUAUUUGUUUAAAAAACUUGCAUCAAGUAAUAUUAAUGAUAAUCAACAAGAUUCAGAAUUUGAUAGUGAUGUUGAUGCUGCUGCUGUUGCAAUGUUAUCAUUUAAACAUGGACCUAUUAUUUUAAAUCACAAUAAAGAACGAAAAGGAAAAAAAUCAUAUGAACAACAAGAUAAAUUAGUGCCAGUUAUAACACGAAGUUCAAGUGAAGAUCAUACAUACAGUUGUAUAGCAUCACCAAAAACAAACAGAUCAUCAAAUACGACAAUUGACGAGAGAAAUAAUGAGAUUGAUGAACAACGUAAAAUAGCUGAAGGUGCUGAUGCACUAUUAAAUUUAGCAAGUGUUGCUCUGAGUCAUAAUAACAAUAAUAAUAUUAAUAAUAAUAUUAAUUCAAGAUUAAUAAAUCAACAAGAUACAACAACAAAUAUGCCUUUAUCACAAAUUGAAUUAACACAAAAAACAACAGUUAAAUCAUCACAAACAAAAUCAAAACGACGUACAUCAAAAGUUUAUAUGAAUAUUCCUGAUACAAGACGUAAACAUUGGCCAGAAUGGCGUGAAAGCAACAGGUAUAUCAAGGGUUAGUUUGUAUAUUCAUUUAAAAAACAAAAAAACAAAUAUAUAUAUUAUUAAAUAAAUUUAACUUUUAUCGUCAAAUAAAAUAAGGAACAUAAAAAAAGUUUCCAACGAGUAUGACCAAAGUUAAAAAUUUCUUUUUAUUUUUUUUUUCUGUUCUUUCCUUAUUUUGCAUAAUAUUUAGAAAAACAAAAAUCAUAAAAAUUAGAUAAAAGAUACUAACCUAUUUUUAGGCACAAUAUUAUUUUAGUAUAAAUAAAAAAGGUGCCUAAAUUGAGUCAAAAUAUAUUUUUUUUUGACUUUAUGCCAAAUGGGAUUCGGUAGCACUGAACUACAAGCAAUAAUAGUUGAAUUAAUUAUCAUACCAUAAAUUUGUUUAUUUAACAAAAUAUUAUGAAUAAUAAUAAUUAAUUAUUAUUAUUAUGCAGGAGAUAAUAUUCGCCGAAGAAUAUAAUUGUAAAAAAUCGAAAUAAUAUGAUUUUUACGAGAAAAAUAUAUAUAAAUAUUUAAAUAAUUAUUAUGAAUGCGAGAAGAAAUAGAAAUAAAUAUUUAGAACUGUUGUGCGGAAUUAUACAUGCAUAUUUCUAUAUAUAUGGAUUGAUAAUUCAUAGAGAGUUUAACUAAAAAAAAUAUAUUAUAACUUUAAUAGAAUUCUAUUUAGUUUUUUCUUCUGUAGAUAUGUAUAGAUAAAUAUAUAUAUAUAUUAAAAAAUAACAAAUUAAAUGAAAAAAAUAUAUAUAAAAUAGAGAUAAAUAAUAUGAAUAAUAUAUUUAAUUAAUAAUAAAUUAAAAUGAAAAUAAUAUUUUCAAAAAAAAAAAUAAUUAAAAUUUGCACAUAAUAAUGAAACGCCAAUAAAAAUUUGUGCGUUUUUUUAAAUCACAAUUAUAAUUAUACAAAAUUGACCAUAAAGAAAAAAAUCAUUCGUAAAAAAAAAAAAAAAAAAAAACAGAACAACUAUUAGUAAUUAUUGAUAUUUUUUUUUUGCUUUUAUUUUUACUAAAAUUUAAAUAUGCAGAGUUUUUGCCUGAUAGAAAUAAAAUCAUGAUUUUUCUUUUUUUUUUUUCUCUAUAAAAUUGUAGAAAGUAAUCGCAGCUUGUUUCAAUUUUCAUUAUUAUUUAUGUUGUCUCACUUGAGGCUGUGAAUAAUUUUUUGUUGUAAAUUAAAUUAAUCAACAAAUAAAAAAUAUAUUUAAUAUCAAGCCAAGAUGAAAAGCAAUAAAUGGAUGAAAGAAGGAAAAAAAAAAGUCAUUGAACUUGAGGUGUGAAAUUAUUUGAGCUUAAAAACGAAAAAAAAAAAAAAAAAAAAAAUGCGAUUACUUGAAUACUUUGCUCAUUAUUUCUCUAUAGAAAAAAUUGGUGAGUUAAUGAAAUUUUUUGAGAAGGAAAGAGAGUAUAUUUUUACAGGGUAUACAACCCGCGUGAUAUGACAAAAAAAAAAAAAAAAAAAGCUCUUCCUAUCUUAUUCACUGGUUGUACAGUUAAAAAUUUUUUUUUUUUUUAGAAAAAAUCGUCGGUUGUAUAUUUCGCCUAGCGAAAUCGAAAUUAUUUUAAAACACGUGUGCACAUUUAUUGGCGGCGCGUCUUGAACAAUUUUAAUUAUUAUAAUUUUUACAUUUUUUACUUGAUAAUGAAAAAUUAUUUUUUAACACUUUGAUAUAUAUAUGAAGUUAUUGUGAAAAAACAAAAAAAACAAAAACUAAAAAAGCAAAAAAAAAAAAAAAAACAAAUAUAUUUAACAAGAAUCUCAAAUGGCUUUGAAAUUUUGGUUUUAAUCAUUGCCAAUAGGAUUUAUAUAUUUUUAAAUUUCAAAACAACUAAAAGAAAUUGUUAACAAUAAUUAUUUUAUUUAUUGAUUAUAUAUUUUAUGAUAGAAUUUUUUUUUUUUUUCUUAUUUAUCAUUUUCUUCUCGAUGCGAGUGAGAGAUGAUGCGCUGCCCCAACAAUGCUUUUAUACAAUAAUCCUUUGACAAGAAAAAAAAAGAAGAAAAAAAAAUCAAUAGUUAAUAGUAAUAAUAAUAAUAAUAAUAGUAAAAUAGUUAAUAAUAAUUAAGACAUGUCUGAUGUACAAGAAAAAAAACGUGUGAAAUAAGUCUGGUUUUAAAAUCAAGUUUGUUUUUUUUUUUUUUUUUUAAAUUCUUUCGUGUGAAUAGUCAAAGAGUUCAAUUCAAAAAAAUUACAAUAGCAGGUCUUAAGAGUGUGGCGAAACGUAAACCGACAAAAAAAUUAAAAAAAAAAAAAAACCCAUUGACAAUGACUGUGACAAAUUUUUUUUAAAUUACAAAUUCUAAUUAUUAUGUAUAUUCUUUUUUUUUUUCUUUUUUUAAAAAUCAAGUUUUCGUGUCGCUACGACUGAAGAUCUGUUCUUCCAUGUAGCUUAUUCUAAAAUAAUUGAAAAAGAGGGUGUGACUCUCCCUAGUGCACUUGGGGGGGGAUUAAUUAA